AUGUUGGUUUUUCUUCUGAUUCGUCGCCAAUGGAGAUCUGCCUCUGUUAGGAGAGAUGAAGUUAUUCGUCUUGUGGCUUUAGCCUCUGAGGAAUCUUAUGUUGCCGAGGUUCGAGCCAAUGUUGAUCAUGUCUCCUCCUCCUCCGGUUCGGAUUUUGUUGUUCAUCGUUGCGCUGUUUGUCUUUACCCUACCACUACUCGUUGCGCUCAGUGCAAAUCCGUUCGUUACUGUUCUAGCAAGUGUCAGAUUCUUCAUUGGCGACGAGGUCACAAGGACGAAUGUCGAUCGCCUUCUCUUACUGAUUACGAUGGAGAAAAGGAGAAGUCUGUUAAAUCUGAUGCUCUCUCUGCAGAUGCAAAGGGAUCAGAUCCAUCUCGGUGGACAUCAUCGGAUGAGUUACAUGAAAAUAAUGACGGAUUGAAUAACGGUGUGUCUGUCGAUGUUGCUUGUGAUAUAUCUAUAAGUAUUCAAAAGGUGGAAGCUAGAUCUGAAGCUGUGGAUUACACUAGUUCUUUAAACAAAAAGGAUAAUUUCUAUGAGACCAGACCAGUAAGUAGGAGGAAAUCACAUAAUCGGACAGAGAAGCUUGAAUCGGCGAGAAAGUAUUCCAAAGGCAAGACUGCUGUACUUGCUGAGGCAAAGCCGGAAAGAAAUGGCAAUCAAAAUUCACGUGGGUCAGGUGAUUCGGCUGAAAUGUUAAUUCCGGAUCAAUUUUUGUCAGUUGAUAAUCAAGGAGAAAUGAAUGCACUUGGACACUCAAGAACUACAUCUGGUUCUUCAACUACUCUCCUACCUUCAAAAGCUAAUAGUAAGCCGAAAGUGUCGCAAGCUUCAAGUAGUGGAUUGAAAACAUCAGUGCAAAAACUUGUUCAGCAUUUUAGACCCCCAAUGUCGUCAAAAUUAUCUCAACCUGCUGGUUCUAUCGAUGAGAUGAGCUUCUCUUACGAGUUGUUUAUGAGACUAUAUUCUGAUAGAGUAGAAUUACAGCCAUUUGGCCUUGUAAACUUGGGAAACAGUUGUUAUGCAAAUGCUGUUCUCCAGUGCUUGGCGUUCACUCGGCCACUAAUGUCUUACCUAAUUAGGGGAUUACAUUCUAAAGCAUGUCGAAAGAAGAGUUGGUGUUUUGUUUGUGAGUUUGAAUACUUAAUUUUAAAGGCAAGGGGAGGAGAAUCUCCUCUGUCACCUAUCAAGAUCUUAUCGAAAUUACAAAAGAUUGGGAAGCAUCUUGGCCCUGGAAAGGAAGAAGACGCUCACGAAUUUUUAAGGUGUGCUGUUGAUACAAUGCAAUCUGUUUUUCUCAAAGAGGCUGAUGCAACGGGUCCGUUUGCAGAAGAAACUACUUUAGUUGGCAUUACGUUUGGUGGAUAUCUUCACUCCAAGAUUAAAUGCAUGAAAUGCCUCCGCAAAUCUGAGCAAUCCGAGCUGAUGAUGGAUCUAACCGUCGAGAUUGAUGGGGAUAUAGGAAGCCUUCAAGAAGCACUUACUCAAUUUACAGCCUACGAAGUCCUUGAUGGAGAGAACCGAUACUUUUGUGGCAGAUGUAAAUCUUACCAGAAAGCCAAAAAGAAAUUGAUGAUACUGGAAGGACCCAACAUUCUUACUGUUGUGUUGAAACGUUUUCAGUCUGAUAACUUUGGGAAGCUGAGCAAACCCAUCCAUUUUCCCGAGCUUCUUGAUAUUAGCCCAUAUAUGAGUAAACCAAAUCACGGGACCGUGUAUAGUCUCUACGCAGUGGUGGUCCAUUUAGAUGCCAUGAGCACUUCAUUUUCAGGUCAUUAUGUUUGCUACAUAAAAACCCUUCAUGGAGAUUGGUUCAGGAUUGAUGACAGCAAUGUUUUCCCGGUUCAGUUAGAGACUGUAUUACAAGAGGGAGCAUACAUGCUUCUCUAUGCAAGAGAUUCUCCGAGACCGGUAAACAAGAACGGUGGUCGGAAACCAAAGGAAAGAAGAAAUUUGGCUGCAAUUCCGUCAAGGCACGACAACAAUAAGAAACAGAGAGACGGUAGUAGCAUUUUGUUGCCACGCGUGGAUUCGUCGAGUGGAAGUUUAUCGUCCCUGUUUAGCUCAUCGGACACAACAAGCUCAUGUAGCACAAAAGACUCGUCAGGUAUUGAGAACUUAUCAGAUUACUUGUUUGGUGGAGUUGAACCGGUUUGGAACCGGGAUCGUCGUAAUGAUUCAUCUACUCAAACGUUUUAUUAA